GUGCAAACAUGAAGUAUAUAAAAAUAUUGUUUAUGGUGUUGGUUUUCUCUCAAGUUUAUUUGGGAGAUUGCAAUUUUUCAAUAUAUAGUUUUGGAGAUUCAUUAGCAGACACUGGAAAUUUGUUAAUCUCAAAUCAUCAAGGUCUGGGUGCAAUUAUUGGAAAAUUUCCAUAUGGAGAAACAUUUGGUUUUCCAACUGGUUGUUGUUCUAAUGGUAGAUUGAUUGCUGAUUUCAUUGCUAAAGCAUUUCUAAAACCUUAUUUGCAUAAAAAUGCAAAUUUUAGUGAUGGCAUAAACUUUGCAGUUGCUGGAGCUACUGCUUUGGAAUCAUCUUUUUUGACAGCAAAAGGAAUUGGACCAUUUUGGACAAACAAUUGGUUCUUAGACUAUAAGAGAAAUUUUUGUUCAUCUAACAAAGAUUGUGAGAGCCAUUUUGCAAAUGCAAUGUUUUUGAUGGGAGAGAUAGGUGAAAAUGAUUACAACUAUCCAUUUGCACAGCAAAGACCAUUAACUGAAGUGGAAUCCUUAAUUCCUCUGGUUAUAAAUAAAAUUAAAGUAGCAUUAGAGACAUUGAUUAACUUAGGAGGAGCAAGGAAGAUUUUAAUUCAAAACAAUUUGCCUAUUGGUUGUUCACCAUCCUAUCUUUCUACAAAAGAUGGUGAAAAGGAUAGUAGUGGGUGUAUAAAAAAUUAUAACCAAUUUUCAGAAAAAAGCAACAAGCUUCUGAAACAAAUGGUAAAAUGAUUGCAACAAAAGAAUCCAAGGGUUUCAAUAGUCUUUGCAGAUUAUUAUAAUGCAGCGCUUACAAUCAUAAAGAAACCAUCCUGUUAUGGUAAGAGCUCUUUUGUUUGUUUUCAGUUCUUUCCAAUUUUAUUUUUAUUUUAGUUUAAGUAUUGAACAUGAAGAGAAACU